AAAGUUCCGAAGUUCGCCGCUCAGCGGAAUCGAUUCUCUAUCAGUCGCUCUCUCGCUCUCAACUCAACGUUAGUGAAUUUUUCGUGGGCAAAUCGAUAAGACACUCUACAAAGCGCGUCACAAAGUACCAGGCGCACUCGUUUGUUUUCCCAUCUCGGCGUCAAAAGGCAAGGCAAUUUUCGCGCAGCGCGCAUCGUUGUGUGCGGAAGAAGAAAAAAGUAUUAAAUUCGGUAAAAAUAAAACCCCAUCGCGAAGAACCAACAGAGGUGAAACCACCCCGCGCGUCACUGUAGCCGAGAGGUGUUCAGGAAAAAUCGUGCAAAAAAGUUCGUAUUAUAACCUUCCCAUUGAAAUCGUGCAGUGAUUCAAAGACAUUCGCUGUUGGCGGUUGUACAAUCCCGUGAUUCAGGUCAGUGCUUUCUUCCAGAACGAUGUGGGUUAAAGCCAGUGGAAAAGAAGCCUGACACGACCAGAUUCGUGAGUACGAUAAGUACCCAUUUCAGAGGAUAAAAUUCGAUUCCAUUCUCUCCUGCCGCCAGGUUCAAGGGGAGCCAUUGGGAAGCGCGCGUACGCUCCAUAAAUACGCAAAACUAUAAGAAAUAAAACUGUGGAUUGGCCAGUUCGGUGUAACCAGCUUGAUGAAAACAAAACCGGUGCUAACUGAAUCAAACCAACUCAUCACAACACUUAUGUAUUGCAAUCGGGAUAUUUCCUGCACAGUGAGUAAUUGUCAGCGUUAUACCGCCAAGGAUCCUCGUCUGAGACCUAAUCAACCACAGUCGACGUCGUUAAUACAUUCGAACAGGACCACCCUCCGCCAGCCCAGUUGAAAGAUUUCCUCCGAAUAUCUCAACAGACAUAGUGUUGCCCUCGACAGGGUCAACACAUUCAGCAGCAUAACAAGUGUCGCGUAGUGUGUGUGUCUGCUCGAUCGAAGCGCGAAAAUUUAGAGGAAGAAAUCCUAGAACAAGCAAGCAUCAUCUUCGCUGUGAUUUGUUACAAUUACAACGUGUUAAACCGUCAUUCGUAUUUCGUUAUCAUCACGCUUGACGCUUACAUAGGCACAACAUACCUCCCGCAGAAAUUUGUGACGCGACACUGCUGUACCAAGUUCUCUCUUGAUUUUUUUAAUUCUAGUUACAACGCUUAGUCGACGGGCGUGGAUUGCGCUCCUGUAACAUAUUACUCGGAUACUGAGUAAAUUCGAAACGUGACACAGCUGACGAUCUGCUGCAUGCGCCAACUAAUUAAGCAAAUAACAAGGCCAGCCUUAAAGGUCAGGCUAAUGGUCCAGAGUUUAGCCAACUGUCAACUAGGAAAGACUGCGCAGUUUUUAAAUAGUAUUUAUAUUUCUCUUUCGACUAGAGCGAUAAUAAAUUAAUAUUAAAAGUAGAAAAUAAUUUAACCCGCCAAAAUGGUGGUUGAAAUACAGAUAACCGAUCCUAGCAAUAAAAGCUACUUGAUUCACAAUAACACCGGCAAUCAAUCAGAAAGGAACAACAACAAUAAUAAUAAUAAUAACAAUAACAAUGGCUCAAGAUUCGACAGGAAAGAAUUGGAAGCUAUCAAGACGAACUUGCUGAAUACGAAUGAGGUAACUUUUUGCAACCUGUCGGACGAUGAGCUAGAUGUCGACCGCUCAAAGAUGUCGCAGCUUACGGUUGCUGAUUUUGGACGAAAGAAAAAGCGUCUGAAUUCCGAUAUUUCGGAGGAAGAUUCCAUACUUUCCUCGUACCAUGAACCGGUAAAGAACCCAAAACCUAAGAUUCCGGAUGGUGGCUACGGUUGGGUGGUGGUCUUCGCGUCGGUAAUGAUUUCACUCAUCAUGGAUGGCGUUUCUUUCUCAUUUGGUCUUAUGUACACCGAAUGGUUGAACUAUUUCGGAGAGUCCAAAUCCAAAACCGCCUGGGUUGGAUCCUUGUUCAUUGCGGUACCGUUGCUGAGUGGUCCCAUAAUGUCGAAUCUGGUUGAUCGAUACGGGUGCCGCAAAAUGACCAUUUUGGGCGGUUUCGUUGCAACCGUCGGAUUCGCAUUGGCGUCGUACUGUACAAGUAUCGAGCAGUUGUACUUUACGUUUGGAAUUCUAGCUGGAAUAGGACUCGGUGUUGGUUAUGUUACAGCUGUUGUUUCGAUUGCGUUCUGGUUUGACAAAAGACGAACCUUUGCCACCGGCAUUGGGGCAUCCGGAACUGGUAUUGGUACUUUUCUGUAUGCUCCGUUCACUCAAUGGUUGAUAGAAAACUUUGGCUGGCGUGGAACUACCCUCAUUCUUGCGGGAACACUGUUCAAUAUAUGUGUUAUGGGUGCAUUGAUGCGGGAUCCCGAUUGGAUGAUCGAGGAAAGCAAGCUGGAAAGCCGUUCACAAAGUAUGCAAACUUUCUCAAACUCCAGUGUUUGUUUGGAUGAAAUCAAAAAGCUUAUCGAAACCGGUGUUCCGAAGGAACAUCUCUUGGACAGUCUUGUCACAAACGUCAACACCGAAGCAAAUCAGUCCAUCACGCCCGAUGACCCAGCCGUUACGAAGAAGUAUCAAAGCGAACUUUCACUGCCAACGUUCUUUAAGCACGAAAGCGAUCUCCUGCGGCCUCAUCCUCACACCGGCAGUCGUCGUUCCUUGCGACAGGCCAUUCUUGCUAAGGAAACCUUCCGGAAGUUUGAAGAGAAAUCAAAUGAAAGUGAAUCGAAGCCCGCUAACACGGUCAAACUUGCCAGCGCUGAAACUCUAAAUUCAAACGAAAAACUGUCAAGUUAUGCGGAAAAUCCAGAGCCCACAAAUCAUGCCUCUCUGGAAACGCUAAGCGCUGCCUCGCUGGAAGACGCAUAUCUGAGUGCAAAUCGACAGAAAGAACUUCGUGAAUCACGUGCUGGUUCCAGUACAUGGUCCCUGGAUGCCGAUAUGCACAAUCAGAACGAAGACUGCCGCCGAUCGUUCCGCCAAACUUCACUAGAUAUAGUGUAUGAGAAUGAGAUCUUCAAUCCGAAUGUAAACACUGCCGUUACGUUAAUGGUUCCGAAGCAGAAGAAGCUGGAGCCAAAGCAUCAGAAUGGAGCCUUAAAGCGAUCGCACACCCACAAUCAUUCGCUCAGAUAUUCUAACUUUCUGAAAGACAUGCGAGUACACAAGAAUUCGAUCCACUACCGCGGAGCGCUCUUGAACACCCACCGCUAUCGGCUGAAGGCAUCCUCCUGCCCCAACAUCUAUCGCAAUUCGAUGACGACGAUUGCUCGGGAAAAGGAAGAGACUUGGUUCGACGGUUUCAUCGAUGCAGUCAAGACGAUGUUCGAUUUUUCAUUGUUUCUAGAGUACCGGUUCGGCAUGAUGAUGCUCUCGACGGUGCUACUAUUCAUAUGGUACAUAAUACCGUACUUCUACAUCCCGGAUUACAUGCUGCUGUACGGGUUUAGCGAACAGGAAGGCGCAAACAUGAUAUCGAUUAUCGGAAUCACCAGCAUGAUCGGCAUGGUCACCCUGGGAUGGCUCGGUGACCAACCCUGGGUUGACGUAACCAAGUGCUAUGCCGGUUGUUUGGCAUUUUGCGGCAUCUCGGUUGCCGCUGUCCCACUGGCGGUAAACAGCUACUAUGCGAUGGUAGUAGUUAGCAUCGUGUUUGGUUACACCUUUGCCAGUACCUAUUCCUUCACGCCGAUUAUUCUGGUACGGUUGGUGAGUUUGGAUGACUUUACAAUGGCCUACGGCUUGUGCCUACUGGUACAGGGAGUUGGCAGCUUGGUGGGACCUCCGCUGGCAGGAUUCAUGUACGACAUCACAGAGCGCUGGGAUUCCUCUUUCUAUGCUGGUGGUUUCUUUUUGAUACUGGCAGGAGUAUGCGCAUGGGCCGUUGGUUACCUUCCGGCUACCAGUGAGGAGGACGAAAAAGAAAGUGAUGCGCUGAGCUCAACUGUGACGGAGUAGACCUGAAGAAUCUCUUGGAUCAGUACUUAUGACAUUUUUUAUUGAAUUAGUAUUAAGUCUAACUUUGUCUCCUACAGAAAUUAAAUAAGUCGAACUAUAGCCUACCUCAGGACGUUUUGGAUUGAAUUUUUUCUGCACUAAAAAAUUUAGGAACGAACAUUAGAAAAAAAUCUUAGCUUGUUUUAAAAGAAAAUGAACAUGUAAUAUGUAAUAAUGCUAUAAUCAUAUAACAUUCAACCGUUGAUGCGUGGGUGCCUUUCAAAAAACUGAAUUAAAAUACAGUUCUAAGAAAACUUCUAGAUAGAACAAAACGCAAAUCAAAAUUUGUCACUAAACUUGUCCAUCUAUCUUUGGGUUCACACACUCGCGAAUGUUCCAAGUAGAAAUGGCCAAUAUAUAACUGAUAUUGUUAGGUUAAAAUUAUCGCAUGUCGAAGUCAGUGAUUUUAUUUCAAACCCCAUUGAAUUUAUGAAAAAACAGGUGUUAUUUAAGUUUGUGCUAGUUAAUAGUAGCAACUAUUGCAUGUGUUAUUUUGGAAAAACAAAAUUGUUAGUAGAAUUAUUAGGCAAACAAAAUUAUAACAAAUAUUAGAAAACCUUCAAAAGUAUAUACUCCAAAAUAUAGUGAGAAACGCAUUUUAGGAAUCCUGCUGAGCAGACUAUCUAAUUAUAAUAAUAAAAAAAGUUACUUAAGUGUUAUAA